AUGUUUACUCACAUUCACCACCCGCCUGCACAGACUAGGCAUUUACACGCCGAACACUCCGACUGGGAUGCAUCUAUUAGCAAGCUACGCAGCGAGCAAUCGAUCUUUGAGCCUCUCCAGGGUGCACCCCACCCGAUGCAUUUUCCACGACGAGCUUCCAAAGCAACAUUUGGACAUAUAAAGCCACAUCAAGAAGGAUAUCCAAUGUAUACUUUUUAUAAUGACCCUCUCGAGACUACCACAAAAGAACCCCUGGAUACAGAUCUCCUGGACAUGGAUAGUAUUACACAUUCCGUGUAUGUGCACCCCUAUGUCUAUACACCCGACAACUACUAUUACAGUGACAAUGCAGUGGCAUGCGAAAUACGGGUGCCAGAUAUAUUAACAUAUGACCGAUACAGACACGAACAUGAACACGAACAUGAACAUGAGCAUGGCCAUGAACUUGGUCAUGAGCACGAACGUAAUAGUCGUAGAGUGUCCUCUAUAUCCUCAGAUACUCUGACAACAUCUUCUGGAGUUACUUGUCGUCGCUUCAGUAGUGCUAGCACUGCUAGUUCAAAGAGCUCUGUUCCAAGCUGCAGCACUCCCCGCACCAGCAUCAGCAAGAUCAAAGUCACGCCACCCGCACAGACUCCCAGCUCAAGCCAUAGCAGUCAUAGUAGCGGUAGCCAUUGCAGCAGUAUUGCUGAUGUCAGCAAUACUAAUCUUCCAAUCGUAUCGAAGAAGGAAGAUAAAGAGGUGACUUUUAUGGAGGUGGAGCAGGUGCAGCAAGUACCACAUCAACAGCAGCAAAAACUACAACAGCAUCCUCAGAUGGUAUUUCAGAGUCACGCCAGGAGUCAGGCUGGUGGCACAAGUUCAACCCCGUCACCCGUUGUGUUCGAUGCAAUUGUGGAACCAUCGAUGCCUGUCUGGGCUGACCCGAAACGUGUGCGCGAGAACCCAACCCGUUAUGCUUUCCUAAAGAAUUACCUUCAGCAGCACAAUAUCUCCUUUUCUUCUGUCCUUCCGUUGCCCACAUCUUGUACAUUCUACUUUAGUGAUACCCGUCAAGCUAAGGCAUCUGCAAACUAUAUAGCAGCUGUAAAACCCCUCUUCGACUGCCACUCAGUCUGGGAUUUUUCUGCACAGUGGCGUUCCUUUAAGGAGCACAGAGGCAAGCCUUCGCACUGGCCAGUUAACCAGAAUAUAUAUUGUUUUGUUGAAGGUGUGGAACCUAUGUGGGAAGACAAGACGAACAGGGAAGGUGGUCGUCUCACUCUAUGUCCUCCCAAAACUGCACUUGACGACGUAUUUGAAUGGGCUCUUUGCUCAUUUGUUGGUGGAAAUUUGACAGACUUUGGUCUAGUCGGAAUUGUUCUCUCACGCCGUACUCGCAGUGACCGCAUCGAGCUUUGGCUUAACGCAUCUGCCACUCUAGCUACAAUUCCCCGUCUAAAGGAGAAGAUGGGUGAAAUGAUGCCAGAGUCUACCAAAAAUACAGUCUUAAGCGCUAACUUCAAGAAACACUUUGACAAAUAACCUUCCUUUAUCUCCUUUACGAUUCUCUUGGAUCACCUUGUAUUAUAGCUCCUCACUGUUGGGGAAGUAUUCCUCUUCUGAUUCCAAUGUGUACAUUUUAUUAUAUCCUAUUUUAUUUCGGACAUGACCCAUAAAACAAACCCGUGAAACAUC